AUGCAAGAAGGUAAUGGUGUGAGCUCGAAUGGAAGGGUGAUCACGCUAGAAGAAUUCAUCAUUGAUACUUUCACACAUAUCCAAGAGGAUGGAAGUCAAGUAGAUGUGGAUCAACCUGAUCAGAUUGGAGGUGGAGGGUCGUACGCAAUCAUAGGUGCUCGUAUCUUUCUACCCCCGACAAAAGUAGGAAUGUUAUUAUCCUACACCCCUGAAUCUUUACCGGAACCCAUGAGACAAUCUCUCCUUGCGUACGGGGAAGAAAUGUGGGCGUUCGUUCUCCGAAAAGAUGGAAACCCAACGACAAGGAUUCUAAACACUUAUCAUGGUCAAAUCAGAACAGAAAGAUAUUUAUCACCUCCUAAUCUUUUCACACCUCUUUCUCUCCUCAGUACACCAUGGAUAAAUCCUUCAAAUCCUGAAGAUUGGCCAAUAAUAAUACAUUUCAUAUCGUACUCCGAUAGAGCAAGGAAAGUAGUGGAAGAACUUGAUAUACUGAGAGAAAAGAUGGGAAAAGAUGAUUGGAUACCAAAAUUAGUUUGGGAACCGUAUCCUCCCAUGUGCAUUCCAGAGAAUGUGACUGCAUUACGAGAACUAGUUCCUUUUUUCGAUAUCAUUUCUCCAAACCAUACCGAAGCUCUUUCUUUCUUCCCCUCUCUAUCCAUCCACCCAAAUCUCGAUAAACCUUCUUUCGUCCCUUUUCCCCUUCAAGAAACCCCGCAAAGCACAUCAAACCUUCCCUCACCACCUCCCGAUUCUCUCCCUCACGACCUAGAGAUCAAUGAGACAGACGUCGCUGAAGAGAGAUUGAAAGAAAAUAUCGAACUCGCCUGUUUGAAAUUGUUAUCUUUCAAACCGAAAAUAGGAGUGAUAAUCCGUUGUGGUCAUUUAGGUUGUUGUUAUGCUCUCUCUCCUUUUCACUCUGACUCACUCUUCAAAAAGCCCUCAAACUCCCAAGGUCCACUCUUUGAGAACACACCAGAUUCUCAAAUGAUGGAAGAGAUAGUAGGAAAGGGUGAGAAUGAAGAGAGGACGAAAGUUAUUUGGAUACCGGCAUAUUGGGAUAAAUCUGAUGAAGAAAAAAAGGUGGAUCCUACAGGAGCAGGAAACGCAUUUAUGGGAGGUGUUUGUGCUGCUUUACACAAAGGAUUAGAUUUACACCAAGCUGUGUUAUAUGGAACAGUGGCAGCUUCAUUCAUCAUCGAACAACAUGGUUUACCUUCUUUAACUCUCAUCGAAGGAGAAGAAAGAUGGAAUGAUGAUUCUCCUUUUAGACGAUUAAACAUUCUUCAAGGAAAGUUAUGCCCUAAGUAGUCAUGCCGAAAGAGCCACCUGACUGGUUUUCGAGAGAUAUUUCCAGGUAAAUUUUAUCUGACUUUAGCACUAGGAAUCUUACGAGUACGAGUGAAUCUCUAAAUCGGCCAGGAUGUGUAGCAAGUAACAAGCCAGCAAACAAUAAGUGGUCAGUCGUCAAGUUGAUCUGGCUGAGUACAAGAUGGACAUUCAAAACUCUCUCAAGCCAAAUUGAGGGGAAAAGCAGAAUCUUGACGCUAUACUCGUACAAAACCAGAUGCAUGUCAUGCGACGAUUC